AUGAAGAUCAUAUCAGAUAUGAAAUCUUCUUCUUACGGUCUUACAAUACUCGCAAUGGCAGUGAACUUUUGGGCGUCAUCUCAUAGAAUGCAUUGGUUGCUUAGUCGGCAAGAUCUGAUAGAAAGCAGGAGAGAAGACUCACUCUAUAUCACCGAACAGGAACUAAUAAAAGUUAAUAUAUGGUUCGCCAAAA